AUGAGCGCCGAGGAAGCGAAUCGAACAAUGACCAUCGAGGAUCCGCCGGCGGAGAUUGUCGAGCAAGUCCAGCAAAUUUCGACAAUUCCGACGGACAUUGAGAACAAUGUCGCUGUCCGACAGCUUCUGGCUGAUGCGAACAUCUCCGAUGUGACGCUGCUGAAACAUUUGAGUACGAUUCAAUCGAAUUUGCUAUCGAAAUUGCUUGAAAGCGAUGAUUAUGAGGUGCGACGCAUACGCGACAACAAAAUUAUCUCGAAAGGACGACUCAGCGGUUUUGGGCUCAAUAAUGGUGGCGCGAAUGGCGCGAUGGUCGAUAGCGAGGAGCUUCAACGAGCGUUGCGCGAGCGUGAUCAAGCGCGAAUCGAAGCCGAGAAGAUUCAUGAGAAUUAUGCGAAUUUGUACAACUCGUAUAAUAUUGUUCGAGAAUCGGCGAAUGACAUUCGAUCGGCUUAUGACGAUGUAUCGUCGAAAUUGAAGGCGGCGGUUGCUGAAAUUGAAGAAUGGCAGGGAAAAUACGCGCAUGUGCGGGAGAAUGCGCAAGCCGAACUUGAACGAGCAUCGCGCGAAUAUGAUGAAUUGGUUCGAAGCCAUGAGGACAAUACGAAGAACUUGAGACUGCUCGUGAAAAAACAGGAAAUUGAGAUGUCCGGCAAAAACGAGGAGCUCGAACUCUUGAAAAAAGGCAAUCGAGAAUUGCGGCAAAUUAUCGAUCAACUCAUGCCGGACGUUGAUGUGAGCGAUGCCGAGUCGAGUAUGAGCACGUCGGCCAUCUAA